CUAAACACAAGUCCUCUUUGCAAAUUGACUCUCUCCCUCUCUUACUGUUUUCACUAGGAUCUUCUCAUCACAAUACAUCAAUGGCCAACAGUAACGUCACCGGAUCUCCUCUUGAGAAAACCAGCUUGGCUUCACUCGACCAAAGGCUGACCAUGGCAAAACGUUGCUCUCGUGAGGGUGUAAAAGCUGGAGCUAAGGCGGCUGUUUUGGCAGGGAUAGCAACAGCCAUCCCGACUUUGGCUAGUGCAAGGAUGCUGCCCUGGGCAAGAGCAAACCUCAACCACUCGGCUCAAGCACUCAUUAUCUCAACAGUCGCUGGAGCAGCUUAUUUCAUAGUUGCCGACAAGACUAUCUUGGCCACGGCUAGGCAGAACUCCUUCAAGCAAGUCUCCAACAUUGAGGGGUGAACUGAAAAAAACUAGACAAGAAACUUAUAUGGCUUCCAUUUUGAUCAAACUUGUAUCUGAGUGAACUAGAAAGCAGAUUACCACCUUGUGUCACCCAAAAAAUAAGUAUGGGUUCUUCUGCUUCAUCCUGAAGAUGGAUCUAGUUCACAAUUUAUAUAAGAAUGAAGAGUAUGAGGAUGUCCUCGGAAAUUUAGUGCAAUUUACAAUUACCAAAUGUUGUCCCUAUUUCAUAACGUGUUCAUUACCACCA